UUUAAAUAAAAUUCUGAUUUUUAGUUGUCAUGUGUUUGGAAGUUGUCUACUUUCAGAACAAACAAAUACACACUAUUGUUUUUGUGUACCAGGCUUUCAAGGGGAUGGAGUUGACAAAUGCGAAAGUUCUGGAGUGUAGUCCAACAAACAUUCAGGCUUGCCCACACCCCAAUCAAGAAUGUGUUUUUGAACAUUCUCUUCGCAAAUUUGCUUGUCAAUGCAAAAAUGGGUUUAUAAAACAAGCAGACGGAAAGUGUCUUUUCGAACCAACAGAACCUCCACCUUCUUCUGUUGAUCGUUGCAAACAAUGCGGGGCUAAUUCACAAUGUGUUAAACAACUUUUGGGAGGGGGAAAAGAAGAAUUUAUUUGGAAUUGUAUUUGUAACCCUGGAUUUACUGGGAAUGGUUUUGAAUGUAGAGAAGAAAAUUGUUUGGAUCGUCCACAAAUGUGUAGCCCUAAUGCUCAGUGUUUACCUGAUGGCCAAAAAGCUUCUUAUUUGUGUGUUUGUAAUUAUGGAUUUAAUGGGGAUGGAAAGAUUUGUGAACGUAUGUUUUUAUUUUAUUCUGAUUUGUUUUUAGUUUAUUCUGCAAAAAUUCUACAAACAAAAGAAACACCAGAUAAAUUGUUAAUUGGGCGUGGAAUGGCUAUUAUUCAAAGGUCUUCAAUUCCUAAUUUGGAUGAAUCAGGAAGACAGUUAAUUGUACAGCCACAUCAAACAGUUGUAGAUAUCGACUAUGACUGUAUUUCUGAAAGGAUAUAUUGGAGUGACAUUUCUGGCCAUUCCAUUCGUUCUGCAUUUUUAAAUGGUACAGAAAUUACUUCUGAAUUUAGUGAUUUGCUUAAAUCGCCGGAAGGUAUUGCAAUAGAUUGGCGUUCACAAAAUAUUUAUUAUGUUGAUAGUAUCAAAAACGAACUGGGUGUUUUGUCUAUUAAUGGAAAAUUUCAAAAAACACUUUUAAAAGAAGGGUUGAAUAAUCCAAGGGCAUUAGUUAUUGAUAUGGAAAGUCGUCAACUUUUUUAUUCUGAUUGGUCGAGAGAUGCCCCAAAAAUUGGAAGAAUUGGUUUGGAUGGAAGUGGAAAUAAAGUUAUAAUUUCUGAUGAAAUACAUUUACCUAAUGGACUAGUAAUGCUUCAAACUAGUAGAAGGUUAUGUUGGGCAGAUGCUGGUAAUCAAAGGCUUUCAUGCAGUGCUUUGGAUGGGUCUAAUAGGAAAGUGAUAUAUGCUCCAUUAGAAUACCCUUUUGGAUUGACUGCUGACAGUUUAGAAGAGCGUUUUUAUUGGACAGAUUGGAAAGAUCAAAAAAUCCAUUCUAUCGACAUUACCGGAAGAGGAUAUACAGAAUUCUAUCCUGGUGCUGGAGGAAGGGGCAAACUUUAUGGAAUCCUAAGUCUUCCAGUAAAAUGUCAUUUCAACACCGCACCCUCCGAGUGUAUCCAAAAAGAACACAAAUGUACACAUUGGUGUCUGCCAGGUGCUUAUGUUGGUGCUUUUACUUGUGUAUGUCCAGAUAAUGUUAAAGGGUUGAGUGGUUGUUAA